AUCCUUUUCAAAGUUCAAAUCUCCGAUAAAUCCAACGACUAUUCCCCAUUAAAUCAGACCGUCAGUUAUCGGAACUUUGUGUUUUUUGGUUUUUUUUUUUUUUUCUCUCUCUUUCUCUCCCUAUAUAAAUUUUCAUUUCUCCUACGAUUUCUUUUCACUUCUCUCAGAUAGAAAAAAACCCCAAAAAUGGCGAAACCGAAAAUUUUAUGUCUAUUUUGCUUGUCCCUUCUUUUUCUCAUUUCGUAUUCCGCUGCCGCUUCCCCCGUACUAGAAGACCUACAUCUCGCCGGAUCGAGUUUUCCAUCUGUGCAUGCAAAGAAGUUGAUAAGGGAGUUGAAUUUGUUUCCUAAAGAGGAAGUCAACGUCGUUGAAGAAGGCCGACUUUCGUUACCGGAGGGUUCGAAGCUGGUGGAGAAGCGGUUCAAGUUCCCGAAUUUUGAAGCACCUGGUGGGGUUUCCGUUGAGGAUUUGGGUCACCAUGCUGGGUAUUAUCAGCUUGCUAAUUCUCAUGAUGGCAGAAUGUUCUACUUCUUCUUUGAAUCACGCAAUAGCAAAAAGGACCCUGUUGUAAUCUGGUUGACUGGAGGGCCAGGGUGUAGUAGUGAAUUGGCUUUGUUUUAUGAAAAUGGCCCUUUCACCAUUUCUGAUAACAUGUCUCUUGUCUGGAAUGAGUUUGGUUGGGACAAGGCGUCAAACCUUCUAUAUGUGGACCAACCUAUUGGUACCGGCUUUAGUUAUAGUUCUGACAGAAGGGACAUUCGUCAUAAUGAAGAAGAAGUUAGCAAUGACCUAUAUGACUUCUUACAGGCAUUCUUUGCAGAACACCCUGAGUUUUCAGAGAAUGGCUUUUAUAUAACUGGAGAAUCAUAUGCUGGGCACUACAUUCCAGCUUUUGCUGCCCGAGUCUACCGAGGAAACAAAGCUAAAGAUGGAAUUCAUAUAAACCUAAAGGGAUUCGCUAUUGGAAAUGGCCUGACUGACCCUGCAAUCCAGUAUAAAGCUUACACAGAUUAUGCUUUGGACAUGGGGGUAAUUAAGAAAACUGACUAUGAUCGUAUCAACAAGCUGGUUCCAGUUUGUGAAAUGGGAAUAAAGCUUUGCGGCACUGAUGGUACAAUCUCUUGCAUGGCUUCUUAUUUUGUCUGCAAUACCAUAUUCAAUGGCAUCAUGGCACUUGCUGGUGAUACAAAUUACUAUGAUAUUAGAAAGAAAUGCGAGGGGAGCCUUUGCUACGACUUCUCAAACAUGGAAACAUUUCUGAACAAGAAAUCUGUUAGGGAUGCCCUUGGUGUUGGGAAUAUAGACUUUGUGUCCUGCAGCCCUACAGUGUAUCAGGCCAUGAUGGUCGACUGGAUGCGGAAUCUCGAAGUUGGCAUUCCUGCUCUCCUUGAGGAUGGAAUAAAGCUUCUUGUAUAUGCUGGGGAAUAUGAUCUCAUCUGCAACUGGCUUGGCAAUUCAAGAUGGGUUCAUGCAAUGCAAUGGUCUGGUCAGAAGGAGUUUGUAGCAUCACCCGAGGUUCCUUUUGUAGUUAAUGGUUCAGAAGCUGGAGUCCUGAAAACUCAUGGACCGCUUGGUUUCCUUAAGGUUCAUGAUGCGGGUCACAUGGUUCCGAUGGACCAGCCCAAGGCAGCAUUAGAGAUGUUGAAAAGGUGGACUAAGGGUUCACUAGCUGAAGCUUCUGGUUCAGAGAAACUGGUUGCUGAGAUGUGAUUUCCAUCACUCUCACUGGUUGCAUUCAAUGUAGUUGGCCUUAGAAUGGGAAUAACCAUAGUAAGGCAUCUCCAUUGUUUCUGCAUCAACCCCCUCCCUCCAAAAAAAGAGUUUCUUUGAAUGCCUGUAAAUAUUUGCAUGUGGAUGCAAUAGAAUCCUGGUUAUCUUGGUUUUUUU